AUGGCUUCGACGGGCGCUCAGGACAAUGCACAAGCUGCAACGGGCCCGCCACGGCGGGGCGGAAGAGGGCGCGGGCGCGCGAGAGGCGGACACGAUGGCUCUCCGGGACGAGGGCGAGGACGAGGGCGCGGCAGCAGAGGCGGCGGCGGCGGCGGCGCAUCGGCACAGGACAAGGGAAAAGCACCAGCAGUCGAGCCAGCCGCCCCAGCACAACCACGCGGCGAAGAGGCAGAUGUUGACGGCGACAGCGACGGCGAUGGCGACGUGUGCUUCAUCUGCGCCUCGCCCGUACAGCACACGGCCAUUGCGCCCUGCAACCACCGGACAUGCCACAUUUGCUCCAUCCGCAUGCGCGCCCUGUACAAGACAAAGGCGUGCGCACACUGCAGAACCGAGUCGGACCACGUCAUCCUGAGCGACGACGCGGAAAAGAAAUACGAGAGCUUUGCACAGACGGACUUUUACAAGUCGGACGACACGCUGGGCAUCCACUUUGAGAACGAGGCCGUGUUUGAGGACACGCGGCUGCUGCUCCAGUACAACUGCCCAGAUGGCGAGUGCGACGUUGCCUGCCUGGGGUGGCCGGAUCUGCACCGCCAUGUCAAGACGGCGCAUUCCAAGAUGAUGUGCGACCUCUGCACACGCAACAAAAAGGUCUUCACGCACGAGCACGAGCUCUUCACGGCGGCAGAUCUGCGGAAGCACCAGAAGUUUGGCGACGACAACCCUGGCGCCAUUGACCAGAGCGGGUUCAAGGGACAUCCCGAGUGUGGUUUCUGCAGACAGCGCUUCUACGGAGACGACGAGCUCUACGCCCACUGCCGAGACAAGCACGAGCGGUGUCACAUCUGCGACCGGCGAGAGGGCGGCAGCCGCAAGCAGCAGUACUACGUCAACUACGACUCGCUCGAGAUGCACUUCCGCAAAGACCACUUUCUGUGCCCCGACAGCGAGUGCCUGGAAAAGAAGUUUGUCGUGUUCGACUCGGAAAUGGAUCUCAAAGCACACCAGCUCGAGGUGCAUCCCAAUGGGCUGUCCAAGGAUGCGUUGCGAGAUGCGCGGAGAGUCGACAUGUCUGGGUUUCAGAUCAGAGCCCCGCAUGAGCAGGGCGCAGGCAGCAGCAGGCGGAACGAUCAGAGGCGCGAGGGUGGGCGAGGACGUGGGCGAGGACGGGAUCCCAAUGCAGAGCCAGUGCCCGCGUCGUCUGCACAGCCGUUGAGCAGAGCUGAACUUGCGUACCAGCGGCAGAGAGAGGUCCAGAACGCCCAUUCGAUCACGGGACGAGCCUUUGGGGGCCAGCUCACGGCGCCUACGCCCGGAGAAGCGUUUGCGGCCAGGCCGCCGCCGAGUGGCGCAGAGCCUCGUACCGUGACAGCCUCGCGUCCAGGAGCAGGCGCGGGAGCGACGGGGGACACGACGAAUGGUAUGAGCCAACAGAGCAUAGACACGCCAGCAGCGCCAGCAGCAGCACCAGCAGCGGGUACAGUAGCCCAGACGCCGCAAGAGCAGGCCCGGCUACUGCGCCACAACGCCGUCACGGAACGUGCAGCCAAUAUGCUGGGGCACAGCCAAGUCAAGCUCCAAGAGUUCAGGACGGCAGUAUCAGCGUACCGCAACUCGCACACGUCGGCGGCACAGCUCAUCGAGGGCUUCUUUGCACUGUUUGACGCCGACUCGCGGGAAAUGGGCAAGCUGGUCAAGGAGCUGGCGGAUAUUUUUGAGAUUGCGACGAAGCGCGAGGCACUGCUCAAGGCGUGGAACGACUGGAAGGCCAUCAACGAGGACUAUCCAUCGCUGCCUGGGACAGCUACAGAGCAGGCGUUGAGCGGGGCGUCGACGGCUCGCGGAGGGUCGCGUGUGCUCAAGCUCAAGAGCUCAACAGCGCAGUCGUCGCGGUCAACGGCCAACCAGCAGGCCAGCUGGUUGUCUGGGUCGUCGAGCAAUGCGUUUCCUGCGCUGCCGACACCGGGCGGGCGGGUUGGAGCCAAGCCUGGACAGACGGCAUGGGCAGCAUCGUCGCCGUCGCCGUCGUCGUCUGGGUCUGGCGCACGUCGGGCAGUGGCAGCGUCAUCAGGACGGGGUGGGGGUGCGUCAUCGAUGCAGGUGACGCAAAAGGCCAGCCUGGCAGAUGGGUUCCCGGCCCUACCAGCGGCGGCUAAACCGACGAGCACCAUCUUCAGCCCCGGGUACACAGGCAACGGGCUGCGGCGAGACAAUAGUGGGCGGAACACGCCCGUGGUGAAUGCAUGGGGUUCCGGGACUGGGUCUGGGACUGGGUCUGGGUCUGGGGCCAACAGCGGGGCAACGACGCCGGCACUCGAAGAUGCCAGCGCAGCAGCAGGCAAGAAGAAGGGCAACAAGGGCAAGAAGCAGACGCUGUUCCAGUGGGGCUAGAUGGCUAGCCGUGGGCAUAUACCUGUGCCGCCGUCAUUGGGGGAGCCAAAAGCAAAGGACGGCGCACGGGCACGAGAGGAGAGGAGAGGAGAGGAGAGGAUGGAGGGAAAAAAGCAAAAAAGCAGAUGUGAUGCGCAGCACAUGGGCGAUGACAACAGUGCACAAUCGGUGAUGAUGACAGCAGUGCGCGUUGGGGGAAGCGGUGAAGCAGUCGAGUGACGUAUGGCGGGACACGAGGGGGGUGGUUGGGGAGUAGAGUUUUGCUGUGGGCGUGAGAGAGUGAGAGAGAGACGGAGAGGGUUCUGUUGUGUGUGUGUGUGUGUGUGUGUGUGUAUGCGUGCGGGCUGGAUAGGCAUGAGUAGACGAAUCGAAGCAGGCCGGCUGCGACGACGAUGACAAGCACAAGGACGACAAGGACAACAAGAAGCAAAACAAGGACAAGCAUAGAGUAUGGAAUGG